GGAAUCAGGAUUGCAUUGCAGUGGGAACAUUGUCCUAAUCCCCUUCUGCCCUCUCCUCUGUAAACACUCCUCGCUACUCAGGGUCACUGAUGCUUUUUUUUGUUCUAGUACAAUGUGCCGCGGAACGCACAGGGAAACGGCAUAGAGGAAGGAGUGAGAAGUCUGGAUUUCCUAUGAUUUCGGAGAGGCCUGUCAUCGGGCCUCAUGUAGGGCGAGGAGUCCUGUGGUCGGAGCAUGCCAUGUGCUAGAGUGGUGAGACAGUGGGAGAUCAGGCCCACGUCUGCUCUGCGGGGGAUCGGCCGCACUAGGGCCUUGAUGUGGCAGUGGAUACGGGGACUGGCCCAAGCCUGCCGGCAUGGCAGGGGAUACCCGGCUCCGGGGACGUAUGAUGAUCAGGACCAGGACAGCGAGGAACAGGAGAUGGUGUGCUUUGAGCCCAUGGGAUCAGAGCGGAUGGAGAUGCGCAAGAGGCAGAUGUCGGUGCAGCAGGAGUCGGCAGCGGGGGGCACUGCACCGGCCCAGCAGGGCCAGCUGGGCCAGGCCAACCCACGGGCCUCAAAUGCAUGUUGCUUCUGCUGGUGUUGCUGCUGUAGCUGUUCCUGGAAUGAAGACAGGGAUGAGAGGAACCGAAAGGCAUCUUAUGAUGUCAAGGAAGGGACCACAGAGUGUGAAGACAGUCCUGCACCCACACUGGAGGAGGUGCGCUCAUGGGGGCAGUCAUUUGACAAGCUGAUGUGUUGCCCAACGGGGAGGACCUCUUUCCGACAGUUCCUUCGUACUGAAUUCAGUGAGGAGAACAUGCUCUUCUGGCUCGCCUGUGAGGAGCUCAGCAAAGAGACCAAUAAGAGUGUGAUCGAAGAGAAGGCUCGGGUCAUCUACGAGGACUACAUCUCUAUUCUCUCGCCUAAAGAGGUUAGCCUAGACUCCCGUGUCCGUGAGGUGAUCAACAGGAACAUGCUGGAGCCCACCUCCCACACGUUUGACGAUGCUCAGCUGCAGAUCUACACACUAAUGCAAAGAGACUCGUAUCCCCGCUACAUGAACUCCCCAGCCUACAAAAACCUGCUAAACACUCUGUCAGAGCAGUCCGCUGAAUCUUAGGAUGGUGAUGACCUGUGAUCUUUUAACCCUGCUUCACCCCCCUCCCGCCCCCAAACCCACCCCUUUUUUUAUUUUCUUUGUAUAUUCAGUGUAGGAUUACAUGAACCGGGCCUCGGGCCUGGCCCCUCCCAGGGAUUUCAGCGCUAUUGUGAUUUGCACCUGACCGAAGACACUCAGGUCUCAAAAUCUCCCGAGGGCUUGACAUCACAAGUACUGCUACAGAUCAACAUAGCAAAACACUCCAAAGGAAUACAAAUACAUUUUUUCUGUUGUUUUUUUGGAUAGAAAUAAUCUAUUUUAUUUGUGUUCAAAGUUUUUUUAUGGCCUGUUGUUUUUUGUAUGGUUGUUUGGGGGAGAAAAUGAUUCCUACUGUAGACUAUAUAUUUAUGAGUUUGUAAAUAGUAUAAAGGGAAUUGUGGGUAUUUUAUGUGGAAAUGCCUGGUUCUAUUUACUGCGUAUGAAAAUCAAAGCUCAAGUCAAAGGCUACAUGUUAGCUCUACUUGCAGGCAGCUUUGUGGGGUACUGUAUGAUUUACCUUGGUUUCACCCUGUUUUUUUUUUUUUUGUUUUGUUUUUUUUUUUGGUCAGCUAACCUCACACUUUGGUAACUGUAACAGUGACUUGGCAACUCCAGUUCAUGUAGAUAUUGUGAGUGAUUCAAAGUAAACGUGGUUAUUGGUGAAGUAACAGAAAGUGAUAGUAGCUCUUGUCACGGUGUGCAAUUUGUUUCCCUAAGAAACUCAAAUCAAUGAUGGAAGGGUAUAUUAACUUUCUUUACUCAAUCUUAACCACAGAAUUGUUUGACUUUGCCUGUUUGAGACGAGGUUGAUUACUAUUCAGUUGUUACUCAGUGAAUGCCUCAUAGGUUUCACAAUAUUGAAACAGUCAAUGUUAUUUUACCACAGAUUGACAGAAGAAAUUAAGUAUUUCUAUUUAUUAAAUGUUUUUUUAUUUAUUUAUUUAUUAUCUAUUGCCAAUACAGAAAUACCAGCAAGUACAAAGUAUGUUUAAGUAUUAUAGUGGAGUAAACUAUACUAUGAAGUCAUGCACUGUCAUUAAAAAACAGCAGAACUUAGUGAGAAUGACACACAAUAAGACGUAAGUCACUUUUUGACAUCAAGUGGAGUCCUUUGGCAUGUUAACAGGGCUAAGGUUGCUUAUGCUCUGUUAUUUGUGGAAAGAGGCCAUUGUCACAGUGAGAAAUUUUGUGACUCAAAAAUCGUCGUUUUAAAAGCCUGUGUGUUAUUUUAUCAAACUGCCUGACAGCUGAAACCAACACUGGGGUCAGGCCAGCUUAGCAGUGACACCAAAGCUACCAUGUAAACUGUGUUCAUACGUUUAUCAAAACUUACUAAAAUUGGAGUUGCCAAGUGUUUAAUACUUUUGUGUAUUCUACUAGUUUUAGUUGAAUUACUUUGUUGCCUCUCUAACAUGUCACUCAAAGACAAGAUCCUCACAUGGGGAAGUGCCUUGACAUUCAGUUUUGUGACAUCUUUCUCAUGGGCAACAGUUGUUUUCAAACUCUUGCCAUAUGGGUGGCUACUGGAGCACCCCUUAAGUCAGUUACUGGAAAUUGUCCCUCUCAUUGGCCAAAUUACCGCAUGUGUUUUGUCUUGAUUCCUAAGUCAUGACUACAUCAGUCCAUUUUGGUAGUGCUACCAAACACUAUGGUGGAGACUAAUGGCAACACAUGCCUUUGUUGAGGACAACAAAGGGCGAUGGGUAAGACUGGUUGAUCUGAAUUUCUGUCUGCCAACCUGUGUGCUUCACGGUGGCACUUCUACUUGUCUUAGAGUUAACUUAAACUUAUGUGCAAUUUGAGCUGAUGGAUACACCACGUAGAUCAACCUCAAACACAAUCUAAGCCAAUGGUUUGGAGUGAUACUGCCUAUAAAUGUUGUUUCUUCUUCUGUUUACUAUAUGAAAUGUGUUAUUUUGCGCUAAGUUUACUGAAGAAUACAUUUUUAAAAACAAAUAAUGUGAAUGUUUACAAUAUAUUUAGUUUUUUUCUGUUACUCUCCAAGAAAAUAAUGACUUGUGGGCAUUUUGAUUCUUUAAGAUAAAAUAAAGCACAAUAAUUUUACCAACUCUGGAAUGGUUUUCCCACAAAAGCAAUUUUUUGUAGCACAAUAUACCAGGAAAAUGAAUCUUUUAACAACCUUGUAUGACUUUCAGUCAUCAGUUGAAUAGAUAUAUUUUUAGUAAAUCAGAUAGAUAACCAUAAACCAAUGUGGCCACAUAACAAAAAAUCCUUAAAAAGUUGGGCUCAUGAACACUGACAGUCCAGAGGAAAUGAGGGAGGUGCAAUUAAAUAAUCAAUAAGCAGGUGAUGACUGUAUUUUGGAACCAGUGUACUUUCUGUUCAUCUUUUGUCCUUGCCUGAUUUGUUAAAGGCUCUCCAAUAGCACAAGACAAGAAACUUAUCCAUGUUGUGACUGCUUUGGCUUAGGUUUGUGUGUGUUUGGGCUGGGCCAUGUGUCGUGAUGCGAGACUAGAUACUGAUUGGGAUUUUGGUUAUGGUAACACUGAGAUAUAGCACAGGAGUUAUCAUUACCUGGUUUUAGUAAAGAACAGGAUAUAUUACAGUAAAGUGACACAAUUUUCUGAACAUCACCAUAUCCACACGAUUGUUAACCAAAAACCUCAUGUACAAAUAUCUUUUUCCUACAAAAUCGUCAGAAUAUUGAUAUUGAGAUUUUGGUCAUAGAUGUUUUUAUAUUUGAUUAUAUCCACAUUGCUCUGCUCCGGUACAGACAAGGCACAACAGCAGCCCAUCAACACUGAGUGGCUGCACUUGGUAAUUAAAAAAAUAUAUAUGUUAAAACAACAACAACAACAACAAACAAACACAUAAACAAAGAUAGAGGAAUGAUUGUGUCGUCUGUGGUUUAGCCAAUUAAAUGAUCCGAUCACUAGACAGAUUAAUAUGGGGGCAUAUUCAUCCACAUUCAUGACAUGGAUAGUCCAUCAGUAACAAACGUGUACCCCCAAAACACUCUCACACAAAAUCUUUGUCCUUUGUGAUCCUGUAAGGACCACAACUGAGAAAAAGUGAAGACACGGCAUAACAGAUGACUAAUGUAAAACAAUUUUUUAAUCAAAUGGAUUACACUUUAUUGGGAAAUUAAAUAAAACAAUGGUGUGAGGGGAAAGCAAAACAAGUUUAGGUAGCUUGUAGGUCAUACCUUGUCAAAAGUGUUAAAACUACAUAUAAAAAAUGUUGGUAAAAGAAACAGUGAGACAAGAUUGAUCGCAUAUAUCGGACAGUGAGAAAUAGCUAAAAACAAGAUUUAAAAGAUUGGGUAACAGGGCGUCUGACAGCGAGUUGAACCUAUGAACAUGGUAUUCAAAUAACAGAGGUGGUGUCUUUAUAUGGCAAUUUGUGCACCAGGUACCACAGAAUACAAACUUCCAAUCUGUUGCAGAUAGACACAAGCCUGGUCCGGGAAUUUUGCUACUUCUCUGAAUGCCAAGGGUAGCGCUGAAUAUUCAGCAGAACUGUCAGGGAAAUGAAAAAAACGAAAAAUAUUAACACCAAGAUACUGGGAUAUUAACUAUGAACAUUCAUGACCGAGCGCCCUUAAAGAAUGAUCAACAAUGACAUGAUCAUUGCACAAUCAUCAAAGUCCCAAUCUGUAUUAGCAGCAUGGCACUCGCCAAUUACUUUUGUGCUGCCUUCACUUUUAAUUUGGCUGACUGAACAAAUGAAAAGCGGCAACAUUAUGCCUGCAAAAGUGUUUUAAAUGCAUCUGAGGCUGUCAUACUUCAUUAUAUUUGGGACUGUUUGUAAACAGUCAAGUAGUAACACUUUUUAAGUUAUAGUAUAUGUUACAAAAUGUAUUUUAACAAGUGCCAAUCUAUUUGACUGUCAGCUAACCACACACUUUGGUACCUGUAACAGUGACUGUGAUUUGAUACAUGUAUUUAUUACUGUAUUUUGUAAUAGUCAUCCUUAUUCUGAUCUUUUUUUAUUUGAUUUAUUCAUUUUGUUUAACUAUCUUACAUUUGGCACCCACUGUACUCCUGGCCAGCCUGAAAGGAGCUUCCCUGUAUUUGUGUUUGUGGUUCCUCCUCCACACAGAAACUGUUGCUUUUCCCCCCAUUUUGACCACUGGAGCUUUUUUUCUUGCCCACUUUGAGGGUUCAGGUCAGGGGGUGUUGUUUUGUUUUCUAUAAACUGUGGGCUUGUAAAGCAAUUUGACACUGUAACAGUGAUUAAAAGUUGUAAAUAAAAUUUAACUUGAACCAUA